CAAUCAGAAAGGCUGUAUUGUAGUCCUUUGGCAGCACGCCUAUUUCGCUCCAAAAAUUAAAAAGAAACUAGAAUUGUUUUACUUCUAUAAAGUACUUGAAUUAAGACAAAAUGACUGUAUAUUUAGACGUAAAUAACUCAGCAAAUGUUCCAGCCGACACAAAGAUACAAUUGAUGCCAUUCGUUAUCGAACACAAUGAUGAGGCCAAUGUUGACAAAUAUUUCAACUCAUCUUUAGAGAAUGAAGAUGGUAUUCUUGUUGGUUCAUUUCGUGGACGUCCACUCCAAGGAAAUGUACAGAGUGUUCCAGAGGGAUAUACAGGGGUCGUUAUGAAGGAGAACCAUAAACCAUUCAAUGAAGAUGAAGAAAGGACAUUUAAAGCUGCUCACACAUUUAAAGAAUUCACAUACUGGAAUCUGGACAAACUCCCUGGCUUAAAUGAUAAAGUGUCAAAACUACCAGAGUGGUUUGAAAUUGCCAAACAUAUACAUGGGUCACACUCUGCUGAUGAAGACAGGUCACCGACAAAGUCAGACACAAGCAGUUGAUCUCACCUCAAGGACUGAAAAUAAUUCCAGUGUCUCCAGCUUUUCCCUCAAAAGGGUGCAAAAUCAGGAUGCUGUUUUGGUGUAAAUAUAUGAAUAAU